AUGAUUAUGUUAUAAAGGCUUUAUUUAAGAAUAAUAAAUUUCAUGGUUAUAUGUUAACUAUACGUAUAAAUGCAGGAAUAAAUUUAAUAGUUAGAAUGAAUUUUAUAGAUUUCAAUAUGGAUAAUUAUAUGGGAAAUGUUUAAGAGGAUAAACAGUUUCUGUUUAUACAAGAUGUGAUUAAUUUGCAUUGAAAAUAACUUAGAUUCAAUCGAUAUAUUAUUAGUUAAUAUUUAAAUUGAAUUCAAAAGAUGAAUAUUAAAAUAUAUUAUCAGAUUUAGAUGAGAUAUUAGACAGAAAUAAAUGUACAUCAAUAGGAAUUACAGAAACUCAUCUUGGUAAAAUGAAAAGAGGAAAACCAUUUGGAUUAGAAAUUGAAAAUAUGUUUCCUUCAGAUAAAAAAAUAGUGAUUUUCUUGAUUAAUACAUUUCAGAUAUUGGAUAGAUGUAGAAAAAUGGAGAUAUUUAUAUAAGAAAACAAAUUUCAUGGAAUAGGAACUUAUUUUAUAUCUAUAAAACAAAUUAUCAAUCUAGGCUGA